AUGUCUUCGAGACAAGGAGGAAAAGGAGGCGGAGGAAGCAUUUGGGCAACUUUUCCUCUGAAUCAUUCAAGUGAAGGUUUAUGGAGGUUGCAGUUGUGGAAAAUGCUCUCUUCUGUGUUCUUAGCUCUCCUGGUUCAAGCGCUGUUUGGAGAUUUGUGUUCCGCCAUCAACGUUACAAUCACCCCGUCGCCCUUCACGGUGGCCCAGGAAGGCCAAAACGUCACACUCUCUUGCGUGGUGUCCCAGCGCCGUCGCAAUGCCGCGCUGCCCGUUGUGAAAUGGACCUUCCUGCCGGCGGGCUCCGACAGGCCGGAGGACGAACACCUCAUCGCCCGGGUCAACAUGAGAAAGGCCCGUUUCUACGGAAAUUACACCAAGAGCUUCUCGUGGCCCAAGAUGAAGCUGACGGUGGUGAAGCAGGGCAAGAUCUUCGAUUUGGUGAUCUUGAACGUGUCCGAAGGGGACAGAGGUCGCUACAUCUGUCGGGUUCAGGAAUUCAAAAAGCAGCAGGAUCGCUGGAAGGCCUCGUCCAACUCGACGGCUACAACUGAACUGAGAGUGCACGUGUUUCCGGCCACCGAGGCCAAAGACAGCCUGUGGAGCUUGUUUGAAGAUGUGUACCUUUGUGCUGUACUGAUUUGCUCCGUGGGCCUGCUGUGCAUGUGCAUGUUCACAGUGACUGUAACCUGCCAGUGUAUACAGAGGAAGCAGCGGUUAAAAGAUAAUUACCACUUGGUUAAAAGCUCCAGAAAUAGCUCAGGAGAAACCGUCACCAGUGUGGUCAGCGUGUCUCCUGCCUUGCCUAAGAAGGAGAGGAGAUACAGAAAGAAAAGGAGCAGAGAUUACCAAGAAGAAAUACCACCAGAGAUACCAGCAAAAGUUCCCAUCGGAGACAAAGCACGCAAACCCAAACUUUCAAAACCACAACCAAGGAAAGUAGUUUUGCCGAGGAUAGUGGAGGAGAAUCUGACCUACGCAGAGCUGGAUCUGGUGAAGCCGAUCCCGGAAGCGAAGGCGUCGCGGAAUGGCACGGUGUACGCUCAGAUACUUUUUGGGGAACAGCAGCUGUGAAAAGAAACUCUUCUAAUAUUUGCCCUUUUGUAAAUGUUUUUUUUUUCUAUUUAUCGUUUGUUUUUUUGUAUUUUAAUGGCAAAAUGCUGUCCAUCUGAAAUGACUGUACAUAUAAUUUUAUACAAACUUUGAUUUCACUUUUUAACGAGGCCUUCAAAGGCAACGGCGGUCAGGUUUACAUUGGGAUGAGGCAGCAUGUUGACUACUUGUUCCGACAGUGCGUCAUUUGCCCAUUGUGAUGAUCACAUCUUCAUAUUUGGGGCUUUUUGUGAUCUGCUUUUCUCAUCUAAUGGCUCUUUCACAUUCCAAUUGAUCGUACCAAACUCUUGUCAAGACAAGACACACGAAACGCAAACAUGAAUGCGACCUGAUGUCAUUCCUGUGAUUUGCUCCCAGUGUGUCCCCAGCCUUAUCUCGCCACGCAACAUCUGUGCACCGUCUGUUCCCGUGUGUCACUCUGCAAUUUACACUCACCACAACACAAGACGAGUUUGAUUUUAAAGUAGCGAUUAGCCCUUAGACUGCAACUCUCGCACUGUAAAGUUUGCCAGAGGCUUUCACGUGCGUUUUAACAGCCAAUUUAACCAGCGACACACACACACACACACACACACACACACACACACACACACACACACACACGGACAAAGCACAUCAAUCCAGGCCUGCAGUCACGUCUGCAGCAAAAGACUUGCCAACAAAUGGCAGUGGGUCUUUAAUCCAAGUCGUUGAUGUCCAAUUUUUCAUCGUAUCUGUGAUAAGCGAUCUGUGCUAUAGGCUCACGGUGUCAGAGUGCUUCGGUCUCUUAUUUCCAUUUCGGUCUUUGGAUUGAGGCAUGGAAAAGCAGCAAGUGUGAAUUUGAAACCCGGACGCAAAAAGGCAACACAUUCCUUCCCCUGCCCCCACUGCUUCAACGAUCGAGACCCAGAGUGUCAUUGAUGCAGUUGGGCCCCUUUUAAAUUCUCUUUUAUGUCUAACUGGGUGCAUGAUGAUUUUUUUUUUUUUUUUUUGCACAAAACCUUUCUUUUGAAACUGAAAACUCAUAAAUUAAAACCCGAUUAUCCAAACGAUUACUAAAUAUUAUCUUUAAUGUGAGUGUCUGAUUUUUUUUUUUCCAAACUCCAGUUUUGGGUGAUUGUGUUAUAUUUUGCCCAAUCACAAGAGUUAUCAAAGUUGAUUUCAAUUUUGUUAACUCUCACUUUCCAAAUAGCUGAUGUCUUGCUGUUUUGUUUUUUUGUUUGUUUUUUUUUUUUUUGGCCCAUAAAAAUGAACGACGACAACGAAAUAGUUUGUAUGUGGUCUUGGCUGAAUGCAUAGCAGUUGAUUUACACUGUAUAUAAUGCGAUUUGAACUGUUGCUUCAAAUCAAACUUGAUGAUUUGAUGACUCUUUGUCGCAAAACAACAUGACAAUUCCAGAGAUGAAAACUGGUGACGUGUGCGCGCAUUGCAGUUCCCCCAACAUUGUUUUUGUGUGUGUGCGUGCGUGUUUUUUUCAGCUGUGUGCCAGUAGUAUGCACUCAUUUGACAAAAGACCGAAUGAAUAAAUCCAGUUGUGAGCAGAAACCUUUUUCAAAUGUCGUUUUAAAACUGUGAAAUAUCAAGUUGGUUCCCAACCACAAUGCCCUUCAUGGGAAUCGCCUAACAAGGACCAUGUGUGUGAUUGGCGCCUCUCUGCUUCUCAGUUUGUUCUCUCGCUGCCCUACGCCGACCUCGAAAUCCAAUAGUGGGUCAAAAUGUAUCAUACUCAUUUUGUUAUGGAUGUCGCUGAUAAAUUUGUGUACUUUUUUUGACCAUCCAGCAGGGAGGAAGUGCAAUAAGAAGUUUAAAUGACACUUCUUAUUUGAUUUGUUACCUCAGUAUUUUUUUUUUCAUGUGAAGUAUUUAUGGCCUCAAUUGUUACUUUUCCUUGUUUGUUUUGUCAUGUAUGUUGUAGAAGAGUCAAUAAAGCAAGGUAUGCUUU